AGCGAUCAUUAGAGAAACACUCAGUGAACUAAGAUGUUUAGUUUCACUUUGAUCAAACAUGUUUUUAACAGUUUUAUAAUAAUUAAAACUUCUCUCUGUUUUCUGCAUGACUUUUAAACUAAAACUAAACUUUAAACUAAUUAAGCGUCUGCAGAUCUGAUCAAAGUGAAACAUUUUAUUUUCCUCCAUUUUGUGUUUCAUCUGGACGCCAUAUUGAAAUGAUGAUCCUCUGUAAUUAUCACGUGAUCAGAGAUCAAUAGUAACUAGUUACAUUUACUCAGUUACAUUCACUUGAGUAACUUUUUAGAACAAAUGUACCUUUAGUUGUUUUUAUUACUUUUGACUUUUACUUGAGUUUUUUUAUUAUGAUGUUUUUCUAACUUGAGUCAAAUUUCUGGAUUUUCUACCCACUGAAUAAAAACCAAACAUGUUUUAACCAAGAAUUAAACACAGAGCUGCAGUUUUUGUUAAAGUUUUAUAAGUUUUUUAUGGAAAGAAACUGAUUUGGGAAAAAAAAUCCUAAUUUAGUUAUUUUGUUGUUGCUUAAAUAAAUUAUUGUCAUUUUUUUCCUUAAAAUAUCAAAAAUUCCUCAAAUCUUUAUGUUUUGGUUUGUCUGAUUAUGUAAUUUUAAAUAUUAAAUGAUUGAUAAUUUGAUCAGUAACUUUUUACCAAACAUUAUUUUAUUCUGACUGGAGUAUAAAUAUGUUGAAGUAGUGCUACUGCUAUUGGAGUAAAAUGUUUUGGUCUCUGCAUGUGAUAACUUGUAGAAAUAAUGUCUAUAAUUAAUGUGUUUUAUUAUUUCUAACAGAGCAUCAAUGCUGAACCGGACCUCCUCGUCUCUCCUGGUUCUGAUUCUGAGUUCUGCUGCUCUGGGAAAAUCUCUGCCCACCGUGAAUGAAACUCUGGACGUCUACGAGGCCGAGGAGAACUCCAACGUCACGCUGAAAUGGAUCCGUCCGGAUCCGAACGCCACGCCGCCUGACCGGCUCUACGUCGAUCUGAUGAGCAUGGAGCCGCUGAGGAGGAUUUAUCGGUUCGACAGCAGAGAUGAGACGUACACAGAUGAUGAGUUCAAAGGUCGACUGCACUGUGACCCCAAGCUGGUCAGGAAUGGAGGGAUCCGGUGUCUCCUGGCUGAAGUGAGGCUCAGCGAUGCGGGUCGGUACCGGUGCUACGUCGUCAUUGACGGAAGAAGAGACCAUAGAGACUGGGAGCUUGUAGUCAGAGCUUCCAUUCCUCAGACUCAGGAGGAAACCCAAGAGCUGGUGGAUCGCGGGAGGUUUGGACUUUAUGUUGGUUUGGGUUUGUUCCUGCUGGCAGCAGGACGACUCGCCCUCCACUCUGCUGCUGGUUCAGGUUUCAGGUUCAGCUCAUCAAACUCCAGGACAUAGAUUCACCAAAAAUCCACAAUCAGAAUUACUCCUAACAUUUUUUAUUUUUUUUAUCAUGACUCGAUUUUGUGUUAGAGGAGGCCUUAUGACCUUAUGACCUUAUGACCUCCCCAAAGAUUGCCCCGUCUUCAGUCCCUAUUGGACUUGGAGCUCCAGCUUCUGUGUGUUUUAUGGUUUCCAGAAACUGAGUUCUGCAGAAUGAGCAGAACUUGUUCUGGAAAUAUUUUGGUUCGUUACAAAUGCACUUUGCACUUUGCACUUUGCCGACAGCGCUACAGAAACGGUGCUGCUAUCAGUGGAAUCACGGGAGGGAAAUAUUACACUGAGAAAACAGUUUCUACCUCAUAGAAGUAGCGCAUAAACAUGGCCGACCGUCGAUCUUCCUUUGGCCAAAAGGUUGGGUGAGACGAUUUACGGCCAUGUCACAGGUUGUGGUGUCGUUGAGCCAGACACCAAAUCCCUGAACUAGCUACCUCGACGGCUCGGAUGUAGGAAUGUAGACUGAGGUCUUAUUUUAAAUAAGCUUGUUUACAAAAAUGCUAUGCAUGGAACAAGGUCAGAUGUUACUGAUGUUUAACUGUGAUGUGAUUCGUCUAAUUUUGAGACGUCAAUCAACAAAGUGUCAAUAAGCAACAAACUGAAUCCUUGAAUAAGCUACUUCCAUUGAGGAAAAGGUAUUAACCGGUUUCCAUGGCUGUAAAGCAGGAAACAUGGCGGACCAUGUAUGGCUCAUCCUUCAGUUCAGCGGUUUGAGGCCAAAGAAACUCUGAGUCUCUUUGGCCUCAAACAGAAAACUAGAUCACGUCUGAAUGGCUUUAAGCUGUUAAAGUGGUCAUAGAGGAGAAGUGCAUUGUGGGAAAUGGUGUUUUGUAGAGGAAAACUCUAAAUGCCAGAAAUGCAAAGAUGCAUGAUGAUCAUUUUGGUAAAAAAUACUGCUGCCCCCUUGUGGUCAGAAACUGGAAAAUGACCCAAACUGGAAACACAGCCGUAAAUAAGAUUUUUAGUUCAGCCUCAGUUUGAAGAACUGAACUGCAGAUGUUACAGUUUCUUUGUCUUUAUCUGUAAUAUUGAGACAAUAAUUAUUGAUGAUGUUGUUUCAAGUCACUGAAAUGACGACUCAGCUGCCAAGAUGUUCAGUUUCAGUUCAAAGCAGCAGAACAAAUAAAAAUGCUGAAUGAA